AUUUGCAUCUGUGAGUUUUUCCUCGUUAUGGCGGAAUUAGACACACGAAUGGAUUGUUACCCAUAUUAUAAUCCAUGAUCGGUGUCGUGAAGAAGGAUCUUAAUUCAUUAUACAUUUUUAUUUUACUGUAAGCACUUACUGUAGUAUUUGUUUCACUAUGGCGGAGCGAGGUGUGGAUUUGUCCGGUCUGCCCAAAGACGUUAAGGAGCAGCUGGCCGAGUUGGAUUUGGAGCUGUCUGAAGGUGACAUCACACAAAAGGGCUAUGAGAAGAAAAGAGCCAAGUUACUGGCCCCCUACAUCCCCCAGACACCAAGUGUGGAUCCAGCCCUACAGAGUGACCAGCAGGCCCCAGGCCCCAGCUCCGCCCUCGAUCCCGCCCCUGCUCCUUCCUCUGCCGCCCGUGCCCAUCGCGCACGUCGCAGUGGGGGGGCCAGGGAUGAGCGCUACAGAUCAGAUAUCCACACUGAAGCAGUCCAGGCUGCCCUCGCUCAGCAUAGAGAGCAGAAGAUGGCACUGCCUAUGCCCACCAAACGCCGCUCUGCCUUUGUCCAGUCUCCUGCUGACAACUGCACCCCGCCUGACACGUCCUCUGCGUCGGAGGAUGAGGGCUCGCUGCACAGGCGGGCAGCUCUGACACAGGGCCUGCAGAGCCCGGACUCCUGGAUUAACCGCUCCCUGCAGGGCUCCUCCACCUCCUCUUCCGCCUCCUCCACCCUCUCCCAUGGUGAAGGCAAGCCCCAGCCCUCUGCGCUUGCCGAUGUACUGGCACACACCCGCAUAGAUAACAACAGCGUUCCCCCUGAUGUGACGUCAGCCACGCCCCAGGAGAGGGGCUCCCAGACAGACCUCCCUCCCCACGCCCCCGUGCGGGGGAUGAGCCGGGGGCAGAGUCGCUCCAGCAUGAUGGACACAGCGGAUGGUGUUCCUGUCAGCAGCAGAGUGUCCACCAAAAUCCAACAGCUGCUGAACACUCUGAAGAGGCCCAAGAGACCCCCACUGAGUGAAUUCUUUGUGGAUGACGCUGAGGAGAUUGUGGAGGUGCCCCAGCCUGACCCCAACACUCCGAAACCUGAAGGGCGGCAGAUCAUCCCAGUAAAGGGCGAGCCACUGGGCGUGGUCAGCAACUGGCCCCCAGCCUUGCAAGCAGCGCUCGCUCGCUGGGGGGCCACUCAGGCCAAGAGCCCUGCCCUCACAGCACUGGACAUCACGGGCAAGCCCCUCUACACCCUGACCUACGGCAAACUGUGGAGCCGCAGUCUGAAGCUGGCCUUCACCCUCCUCAACAAACUGGGAACCAAAAAUGAGCCAGUGCUGAGGCCAGGGGAUCGGGUGGCGCUAGUGUACCCUAACAGUGACCCUGGGAUGUUCUGGGUGGCGUUCUAUGGUUGCUUGCUGGCGGAGGUUAUUCCUGUGCCCAUCGAGGUGCCACUGUCCCGCAAGGAUGCAGGGAGUCAGCAGAUCGGCUUCUUGUUGGGCAGCUGUGGGGUAAGCCUGGCCCUGACCAGCGAGGUGUGUCUAAAAGGGCUACCCAAGACCCCCAAUGGAGAAAUACUACAGUUCAAAGGUUGGCCACGGCUUAAGUGGGUGGUGACCGACUCUAAGUACCUGACCAAGCCGUCCAAGGACUGGCAACCUCACAUUCCCACGGCCAACACUGACCCGGCAUAUAUUGAGUACAAAGCCAGUAAGGAGGGCACAGUCAUGGGUGUGGCUGUGUCCAAAGUGGCCAUGCUCACCCACUGCCAGGCCCUGACACAGGCCUGCAACUAUAGCGAGGGGGAAACACUGGUUAAUGUGCUGGACUGCAAGAAGGAUAUGGGUCUGUGGCAUGGUGUUCUCACGAGUGUCAUGAAUCGAAUUCACACCAUCAGUGUCCCCUAUGCUGUGAUGAAGGCUUGUCCUCUGUCUUGGGUGCAGAGAGUCCACAUCCACAAAGCGCGGGUGGCCUUGGUGAAGUGUCGCGACCUCCACUGGGCCAUGAUGGCCCACCGAGAGCAGAGGGACACCAGCCUGGGGUCACUGCGCAUGCUCAUCGUGGCAGACGGAGCCAAUCCCUGGUCGGUAUCAUCAUGUGAUGCCUUCCUCAAUGUGUUCCAAAGUCAUGGCCUGAAGCCCGAGGUCAUCUGUCCCUGUGCAACUUCUCCUGAAGCCAUGACCGUUGCCAUCCGCAGGCCAGGGAUCCCUGGGGCGCCGCUCCCUGCCAGAGCCAUCCUGUCCAUGGCGGGUCUGAGUCAUGGGGUGAUCCGCGUCAACACGGAGGACAAGAACUCAGCCCUCACUGUGCAGGAUGUGGGACAUGUCAUGCCAGGAGCUUUGAUGUGCAUUGUGAAGCCAGAUGGGCCUCCCCAGUUGUGUAAGACAGAUGAGAUAGGAGAGAUUGUCGUGAACUCUCGUGCUGGGGGCACCUUGUACUACGGCCUACCUGGAGUCACCAAGAACAUGUUUGAGGUGAUCCCUGUUAAUGCCAGUGGAGCCCCAAUUGGAGAGAUUCCCUUUGUGCGCUCUGGACUGCUGGGCUUUGUGGGACCGGGCAGCCUGGUGUUUGUGGUGGGGAAGAUCGAGGGCCUGCUGAUGGUCAGUGGCCGGAGGCACAAUGCCGACGACCUGGUGGCCACCGCGCUGGCAGUGGAGCCAGUCAAAACCGUGUAUCGUGGGAGGGUGGCUGUGUUCUCGGUGACAGUGUUUUAUGAUGAGAGGAUUGUGAUUGUGGCAGAACAGAGGCCAGAGGCCAGUGAGGAGGACAGCUUCCAAUGGAUGAGCAGAGUGCUACAGGCCAUAGACAGUAUCCACCAGGUGGGGCUGUACUGCUUGGCACUGGUACCUGCCAACACCCUCCCCAAGACCCCUCUCGGGGGCAUCCAUGUCUCGGAAACAAAGCAGCACUUCCUGGAGGGCAACCUGCACCCUUGCAACAUCCUGAUGUGUCCCCAUACCUGCGUCACCAAUAUGCCCAAACCACGCCAGAAACAACCAGUUGGCGUGGGUCCGGCCUCCAUCAUGGUGGGUAACCUGGUGGCCGGGAAGCGAGUGGCCCAGGCUGCGGGGAGGGACCUAGGGCUCAUCGAGGACCAGGACCUAGUCAGGAAGCUCUGUAUGUGGCCCACCAUGAUGCACCAGUACCUCACAGAGGCCCUGCAGUGGAGAGCUCAGACUGACCCUGACCAUGUUUUGUUUGUGCUGCUGAAUGCAAAGGGGACAGCAGUCAGCACAGCCACCUGCGUACAGCUGCACAGGCGGGCAGAGAAGGUGACCGCAGCCCUGGCUGAGAGGGGUGGCAUCAACACUGGAGACAACGUAGUACUGCUCUACCCACCUGGGAUUGAUCUGAUCGCCUCCUUCUAUGGCUGCCUGUAUGCUGGCUGCAUUCCUGUCACUGUGCGGCCCCCCCACCCCCAGAACCUGGCAGCCACUCUGCCCACCGUGCGCAUGAUCAUUGAUGUAAGCAAGGCAGUGUGCAUCCUCACCACCCAGGCGCUCAUGAAGAUCCUGCGAUCCAAAGAAGCUGCUGUGUCUGUCAACAUCAAAACCUGGCCCACCAUCAUAGACACAGAUGACCUCCCUCGAAGACGCCCUCCCCUAAUCUACAAGCCCCCCACAGCAGAGAUGCUGGCUUACCUGGAUUUCAGUGUGUCCACUACUGGCAUGCUAACUGGGGUGAAGAUCUCUCACGCAGCUGUGGGUGCUUUGUGCCGCUCCAUCAAGUUGCAGUGCGAGCUCUACUCCUCCAGACAGAUCGCCAUCUGCCUCGAUCCCUACUGCGGCCUGGGCUUCGUGCUAUGGUGUCUGUCCAGUGUGUACUCGGGGCACCAGUCCAUCCUUAUCCCUCCAGCAGAGCUGGAGAGCUCUCUGCCGCUGUGGCUGACCACACUCAGUCAGUACAGGAUCAGAGACACCUUCUGCUCCUACUCCGUCAUGGAGCUCUGCACCAAGGGGCUGGGAACACAGACUGAGGCACUCAAGGCCCGUGGGGUGAACCUGUCAUGUGUGCGCAGCUGUGUGGUGGUUGCUGAAGAACGCCCCCGUCUGGCCCUCACACAAUCCUUCUCCAAGCUCUUCAAGGACUUGGGCCUGUCGCCCCGGGCUGUCAGCACCGCCUUUGGCUCACGGGUUAACCUGGCAAUCUGCUUGCAGGGCACCACGGGACCAGACCCAUCCACAGUUUAUGUGGACAUGAAGUCUCUGAGGCAUGACAGGGUUCGGCUGGUGGAGCGAGGUGCUCCGCAGAGCCUUCCGCUCAUGGAAUCUGGCACGAUUCUUCCAGGAGUCAGGGUGGUCAUAGUAAACCCAGAGACUCGGGGGCCUCUUGGGGAUUCCCACCUGGGGGAGAUUUGGGUCAGCAGCCCUCACAGUGCCAGUGGCUACUACACCCUGUAUGGGGAGGAGAGCCUGCAGGCCGACCACUUCAACACCAGGUUGAGCUUCGGAGACACACAGACCCUCUGGGCCAGGACUGGCUACCUGGGCUUUGUGAGGAGAACCGAGCUGCUGGACGCCAGCGGAGAUCGGCAUGAUGCCCUCUUUGUGGUGGGAUCCCUGGAUGAGACUCUGGAGCUGAGGGGGCUGCGCUAUCACCCCAUCGACAUUGAGAUGUCUGUGUCCCGCGCCCAUCGCAGUAUCGCUGAAAGUGCUGUGUUCACGUGGACCAACCUGCUGGUGGUGGUGUCGGAGCUGUGUGGGUCUGAGCAGGAGGCGCUGGACCUGGUGCCCCUUGUCACCAAUGUGGUGCUGGAGGAGCACCACCUGAUCGUGGGGGUAGUGGUGAUCGUGGACCCAGGGGUCAUCCCCAUCAACUCCCGGGGGGAGAAGCAGAGGAUGCAUCUGAGAGACUCCUUCCUGGCUGACCAGUUGGACCCCAUUUACGUGGCAUACAACAUGUGAAGCCAGCCAGCCCGAACCCCUGCCCCGACUCUGUCAAGGCUCUGAGGGUAGAAGGAUGAGGUGGGGAGAGGGAGAGAGGGAGAGAGGGAGAGAGUGAGAGAGAGGAAUUUGGGACUUUUGCAAACUGUAUGUUUCAGAGCGGGGCGUGGGAGCAUGGAUGAAAUCAUCACUCUUGGGGCGGCACAACAGUUGUCACUCAGGUGCCCCAGCAAAAGCCAUUGCUCUAGUGGCAGAGGGAGGAUGGGUAGAAUUAUACAGGACCUGCGACAUUCAAACCUUGAAAUUAAGACCUGCUCCACCUACUCCCUCACUCUAACUAGCAUCCCCCCCACCCCCACAUAUGCAGACACCGGCAUUGGGGGGGAAUGGGUAUUAGUAGAAUUUCGAAUGUAGUUGGAUUGUAGUCAGUUUUCUGAACUGAGAUGUGGUUUUAGUGGUUUGUGCACUCCCAACAUUCAGUGUCUCUCUCUCUCAAUUCCUCAAACACCCUUUCAUCCUGGCCAUUUUACGCUCACCUGCCCUCUUGUGGCCGCCCAGCAAUGUGCUUCUUCGGACACCUCUCCAAGGAGAGUCUUUAGGGAUACAGAGAAGUGUAAUGAAAUGAGCAGCACACAGCUCCAUGCCCCCAUCCCAUGCUUUGCUUUGUGAUGUGACUGAUGAGGCUCAGUGUAAUUCCAACCCCCCCCAAACCCGCUGCAUUCACUCUUUGGUCCAGCAGAAAUGCCAUUUUAGUCUUUAUUUCCCUGAGCUGCUGGGCUGUGAUUCAAGUCUUAGCCUCUCUUUUUUGGCAAGGUUGUUUUGAAAUUCAGUUAGAGAGAUGCGAGAGGGUUUGGGCCUAGUUUUUAGGGUUUUGGCACAGGAGGGUGGGGGGUUCCUUGUUUGAUUUAAUGUAGUAUUCCCCAGUCAUCCACAUUUCCAUGGGUGGCGCUAUAUCUCAUAAAAUGCCUGCAAAGGACCCCCGUGAACCAUGUGCUUUUAUAGACAUAGGCAUAUGUAAUAAUUUAAUAGUUUACAUCACUUCAAUUAUUACAUCAUCCAUCACAGAAUGCAAGUGAUUAUUUUAAACUAGACACACACAUGCAUGUGCACACACCAUAAGAGGAACAAUCGGGGGAGGAGGAUGUCUCCUAGCCUUACAAUACCUGUGGACAUUUCUUAGAGUUCUUUUUUGUUAGAUAGUCCUGCUAGGGUUUUUUUUUUGCAUAUUUUGUGUUGGGUAUUUUGUUACCAUUUUCUAUUGUUUUGUAUGUUGUAAUUUUACAAAGGGAUGAGUUUUUUGAGGUGGGGGCUGAUUUAUGGGGGGCAUUUUAUGUAACAUACUGUACAGAGGCCAGAUACAGCAUCCGGUCUGUCUGAAUUCCUGCAUUUUACACAAAAAAGACUUUAUUGAAUUGGGGAAGGGGGGAUUUGACUGAUUUGUCAUACUUGACAGCAAUUCUCUUUAUCACUGACACACUCAUUGACUGAGUAAUUUUUGUAAAAACACAAUAUUACUCUGAUAUGUGCUCCAAAAAACUGUUGUCAAUAACCAUUCACAACUUGCACUUAUACCCAGCAGUUUGAUGUUGCUUAAUCCUUAUUGCUCCUGGUUUCCUGAUCCAUUUACGGUUGUUUUUUCUCAACAUUAUCAUGAAAGAACCAAAUGAAAUGCAUUCCUCAUAUACCAAGCAUAGGAGUGACUCAUAUUUACCUUUUUCAUUUUUAUUGGAUAUCCUUUAGAUUCUCAGUCAUUUCUUAAGAAAAAAGAAAAAAACAUGAAAAACAAUGUUGCGCUACAGGAGGUUCCGAAGACAUUCUUCUGUGAUGUCACAAUAAAGCAGUGGCAUGAAGGAAGUGCAAACUGCCCUCAUCCCUUAAUAGUUACAAAGUGACUUCAGUGUUUAUUCAUAGCUUUUUUCCUAUGUAAUAAAGUCCAGAAUGCUACAGAUAGUCCAUUUGUUGAACAUUUAACUAUGUUAGCAACAGUUGCAUAUUAUGGUUUUAUGCAAAUGUAACGCUCGAAAAGCAAUACCAAUCCACACAGAUUUAAGCACAUGCUGUGUUUUUCAGUCUUCAGCCAGUGAAUUUAUGAAAAAAAGCUCUUAGACUGCCUUAGUGUUUUAGAGAACAAUAGAAUCAUUUUAAUUCAUUUGAUACAUACUACAAUUAUAGCUUUAACAGAGCAUAUACUGUAUAUUGUUUGUCAAAUACACAAGAAUCCUGAUCUGGGAUAAAGUCCUGGGAUGAAUCUCAUUCAACAUUAUGGCCACUAAUAAUGCUGUCAUCAGGUGAUGAAGAUCAGCCCAUAUGGCAGCAGGUUGUCUGUUUUUGAGUGAAUAUACUUCUGAAUGAGAGAUACCACAUUGCUGGAGCCUGCAACAGUUUGCAUUAAUAAUACAGUAAUAUGGAAGCAUCGGGCAAUUUGUCUUUAUAAGAAUUGCACUUCCCUAAAUGGGGUUGUAGGUCAUGUCAUGUUUUCACAAACAGGACUUAAUGUGCUGUAUGCAACUGUUCAUGUGGGUGUAAAUUGAAGACUGAAGACAGUAAUCGUUCAUUAAAAUGAACUUAUUGUAAAAAAUAUUGUACAUACAAGCAUAAGUUGCUUGUCUUGUACUUGAUCACCUUGAUUUCUAGAUGCUCCCUUCUAAAAAUUAUUUUAUUUUCCUCAUUAGCACAUUAUGUAAACUUGUGGGGGAAAUAUGCCAAAUAACAGAGCUGAAGCAGAAACAAUUAAAUGAUAAAAAUGCACCUUGUUUUGUGGAGGGUGAAGAUGUGAAUAUAUUUUCACACAUCAGAUUCUAGUGAUUGAAAUACCCCUCCCUUAUGCCCUCCCCCAUCCCAGUCCAGCCAAAAGAGCACAGAUGUGACACAUGUGCUGUUAAAACCUUUGUCUUCCAUUGCAGCAUUUUCAGGAAUUCUCCUAGUUGAUUCACUAUAAAUAAUGCAAAACAUAAAUGUUCCUGACACACUGGAUGUAUGGGACUACCCUGAAUGAAUGUUGUCCAAUCUGGGGACAUGUUAGACUCCAUUCCUGGUGGGGUAGUUUCCAUGCUGCAUUUUGUCGUCGUCCCCCCAAAAUGCCAAGAGAUGAAGUGGCUGUACUUAUGAGAGCAGAGGCCAGAGCAGAAGCCAUCAUACAUGCCCCAGUCCUUCAGGGACUGAGUCUGAUGCCCCUGCUCAAAGUGGAGGCUGUCACUACCACCUCCACCUUACGGGUGGGUGGAGAUGUUGCCCUUUCAAACUCAGCAUGCCAUAAGCAGUGCCUGGAACAAACGCUGGUGGCUCCCAGUUUACAUCUGGUGUUGGUCUGCAGUGUCUGACUGACCUUGUACAAAGCCCCCUUCAUGUCAGGCUAUGUGUCCAUAAAAUUUUCAGUUGCAUUUCUGAGCCAAUAAAAAACACUCAUUCAUAAUAUGUUGGGAGACUGCGUAGAAAUAUAUAGUAGAAGGACAGGUGUGAGCAAUGUGUUUGGCGUGUUAAUAGGGGCCUGGAAUUGAAAAGAUUCCAGCCUGGGACGGAUGCUGGUUGUUAGAGACGUGUGGGUAUGACUUUAGGCUGUUUUGUGACUUGCUGUCCUACUGAGGGAUAUGGUGGAGUGAAAAGUGGAGAGACGCUCUGUCUGAUACAUCUCCACGGGAACUUGCCCUCAAUAAUGAACCAGGUGGUGUGAAUUGGGUUCCUGGGUCUUAUGUGGCGGUCAUUCAGCAAUGUCCCUACUAAAACUGGACAACACUGGAGUCUGUUGGCUCUGGUUCUGGACCUGUGAAUGACCCUGUGCCUGAAGAUUCUAGGUUCUCCCUAGUGUGUGGUGGACCUGUGUGCAGGUCAGGGAAAGGCUUUCAAACAGAGGUCAGGCAUAUUUGAACCCUCAACAGCGUUUCUGGAAGUGAAAUCUUUGCAGUGUAAUUUUCCGGUGGUCAGUGUCUGAUCAGGGUCUGCGUUGUAAUGGGAGAGUGCUGCUUCAUGAACACCAUGGCAGGUGGAGCUAUAUAUAUAUAUAUACUGUAUAUACCAGUCUGAAGACUACUUUCCUUGGCAGAAAUCUCUGAUUGGUUAAAAUUGCAGAAAAUGGUGAUGCCACAUAGUUUGGUGCUCCUGAAACCUCACCCUGCCAUCACUACCACUAGGGGGUGAUGUUUGCCCUGUGUUGUGAUGGAUACCUCCAGUGACCGCUGGCGAGCAUUUCAGCAGUAUGGCAGUGUAGUUUGGGAAAUGGACUACAGCCUGAGUGUUGCAGGUUCGAAGUUCAGGCUAGGGAUUGAGGUUGUACCCUUGUACUUGACCUGAAUCUCUCCAGUAAAUAUCCAGCUGUGUAAAUCGAUAACGGUAACGUAAAUGGAUAACUGUAAUGUAAAUAUGUAAGCUGCGUACACUGCCCUGGAUGAGGGCAUCUGCUAAGCAAAUAAUGUAAAAUGACCAGUGUGCUUCACACACACUUCCUGCGUGUGCAGGCUAAUCUUGUGUGAUGCAUCGCUAUAUUAUUCUUUGUCUUUUAUUUGUUGUAUUAUAAAACAGCAUCAAAGUCAGUGAGAUAUGAAACCAAACUACACAUGAUCUCUUUUAGCAAAGUGAUGUCUUUUAUUCAAAUUUUUUCUCACAUAUCCUGACUGACACAGUCCCCUGGAUAAAAAAUACAAUAGAGCACGAUUAUUCAAAUAUACAAGCAUUAUAAGCACUGUGAAAGUAAAGUAAUAUGAGAGCUAAAUACAGUCAACUCCAGAAUUAUUGGCACCCUUCAUGAAAAUAAGCUAAAAUUAAUAUAUAAAAAGAACCACACUUGCAAUGAGUGAUAUUUUGGGCUAAGCCUCAUGCUUUUAUUUUCAAACAGACUUUUGGAACAAAAUAAAGUUUUCCUUUAGUAACACAAAUUUUCAUGAAAAUGCAGAUUACAAAAAUAUUGGCACCUCAAUUUUCAGUAUUUGGUGGAGCCUCCCCUGGUGAGAAUGACAUUACUCAGCCUCUUUCUGUAGUGUUUAACAAGAUUGGAGAACACUUGUGGAGGGAUCUUGGACCACUCUUCCAUGCAGAAU